CGUAUGUGUACUGUGUGGUGAGAAAUUGCAACAAAAAAAAGCAAGUGAGAUGAACGAUAUCACAUUUCUACUUCUACAGAAUAUAGAAUUACACAAUUAAAAUUUAAUCAGUAGUAGAAAGAGAAAGAGAGAAUACGAAAAUUGUAGGCAAAAGUUGUUUCGCAUGUUUUGCGUGUACAGUCAACGUGGAACACACGAAAUGCCGAUUCGGUCAUAACGGAGAAAUACGGAAAAUCGAACACAAUCAUCGAUUUCCUCACAGAUGUCUGUGUCGGCGCGUUGCGAGUAGUAUUAACGUGUAAACAAUUCGCAAACUCUAAGAGAUACCUGUGUGUCAUCGCGGAAUAAUGAUUCCUUAUUACAUAAGGUGCACGUGAACGGCUGCUAUGGUGAGGAAAUGCGGAUAAAAUAUUGUUGGUAUUUUGUAACGGAUGGUGGCUCUCAAAAAUGACUGACUCUACCUCUUCUGCCGCCUCUACUCUCAUCAGGAUAAGUUACUAUACUGUGACUUUACUGAAAUGUAUAGCUCGGACAGCAUUUGUGAUAUUAAACAAUAUAUAUUGCAUACCUACAUAUGUGUUAUGGAUGAUGUUAUUGUUUCCUGUAAAAGUAUAUCAGCCUCAAGUAUAUUGGCGAAUCGAAGGCCUAUUUUUUCACUGGUUGUUGGCUAUGGUAUCAAUGUGGACUUGGUCAGCAGGUUACGACAUAAUAGAGCAAGGUGAUGACAUCCAGAAGAUUAUAAGUGAGAAAACAUUAGUAAUAGCAAAUCAUCAGAGCACUGGUGAUGUUCCUGUAUUAAUGACAACAUUUAAUGCUAAACCAAAUGUCCUACCCAAUUUAAUGUGGAUAAUGGAUAGAGUAUUCAAAUUUACCAAUUUUGGAAUUGUUUCUAUACUACAUCAAGAUUUUUUCAUUGUGUCGGGUCGUAAACGAAGAGAGGAGAGUUUAAAGCAAUUAGAAAAACAUCUUAAAGAGUCUUAUAUACCACGGAAUAGAAAAUGGAUGGUGCUAUUUCCUGAAGGAGGUUUCUUAUGCAAAAGACGAGAGACCUCUCAAAAGUAUGCGAAAAAAAAUAAUCUGCCUAUUCUCGAAAACGUGACUCUGCCCAGAGUAGGAGCCAUGCAAACGAUAUUUGACACUCUUGGACCAACACAGAAAAAAGACAUAGAUCAACAAGAAAACAGUUCAUUACUCAACCGAUCUGAUAUGACAGUAGCUAAGCCAGAAAUUAGUUGGGUUCUCGAUAUCACAAUAGCAUAUCCUCAAGGUAAGCCGCUUGACUUACCUACAAUUAUAACUGGCUCAAGACCGCCGUGCGAGACGGUAUUGUUCUAUCGACUUUUCCCUAGUACAGUGGUCCCACGCGAGCCAGAACAAUUGUCCAAAUGGUUGUACGACAGGUGGGUAGAAAAAGAAGCGCUAUUGGAGCAUUUUUACAAACACGGAACUUUUCUUGGCACAAAUAGUUCGAACAGAAGUGGUUUGAAAGUGCAACAGGAUCCAUUAAGAUUCCUAGUCCUUCAUUUAUUCUUUAUAACGUCUAGUUAUAUACACUAUAGCAUGCUUGCAUACGUGCUGUCCUGCUUUUGGUAAAAAUGUUUUAUACGUCAACACAUAUUGUACGUCAACGCACGACGGUCCAGUCUAAAGAAAGAAAUCACGAGUAACGAAGUAAGAUAUCCUUGCCUUAAAUAAUCGUUUUAAUGUUUAUAAAGACACUUGUAAGCAAAUCUACUAGAAAAAUAUGUAAGUUACAAAAACACAUUUUUUAUUUAACACACAUAUGAUUGCAAACAUUCACAUUCUAUUUUAAUAUAAACUAAAACCUCAUUUCUUAGACGUAAUAUCUUUUUUUUAUUUUUUUUUUUUAAGUACAUUUUACACAUUUAAUGUGAAGAAAACUUGUCAAAUAAUUCGAUUUUGUAAUUUUGUGAUUAGUACAUUUCUUCAAAAUUAGUUUUGAAGUAUAUAGGAAUAAUAGCUGCUUUCACGAGCAAUUAAUAUAUAUUUAUUAAUAUAUAUAUUUAUAUAUACUCUUUUGCAUCUUCGAACUUGGUGAUGGAACAAUCUUAGAACGACAUCGUCCUGCAAUAACACGCCGAUUUAUAGAUUUAUUUUCUUCACUUUCGAUACUAGAUAUAAUAAAAAUAAUUUAAGUGUAAAUUUUCUAAUAACAUUCAAAACACAACAUUCAUAUUUGCAUAUAACAAAUAAACAUCUGAUUUGUAAUAAU